AAUUCCUCUUAAACCUUCACUUAAACACACCCACUUGAGCCACAAAUUCUUCUUAAGCCUUCCCCUUGCUACCCACCACCUUAACACUUGCACUUGAAGCCUUCUCCAUCCAACAAGCAGAAUAAGAUGAGUUUUGAGGAAUCUGGAAAGAAACCUGUGUCUGUUGGGCCAUGGGGAGGGAAUGGAGGAUACCGUUGGGAUGAUGGUGUAUAUUCAACAGUAAGGCAAUUGGUGAUAGUUCAUGGGGAAGGAAUUGACUCCAUCCAGAUUGAAUAUGACAACAAAGGAAGUUCUAUCUGGUCACAGAAGCAUGGUGUAAGUGGAGGCCAUAAAGUUGACAAGAUAAAGCUUGAUUACCCAGAUGAGUUCCUAACAUCAAUUGAUGGAUACUACGGUAGCUUAAGUCAAUGGGGACCAAUCUUUGUUCGGUCACUGAGUUUUGAGAGCAACAAGAAAAUCUAUGGACCAUUUGGAGUUGAACAAGGAACAUAUUUUUCAUUGCCAGUGAAUGGAAGCAAGAUUGUUGGGUUCCAUGGCAGGUAUGGUUGGCACCUAGAUGCCAUUGGAGUCCAUCUGAAGUCCAUUCAGCAACCAAACCCAUCCAAAACUUUGUCUCAUUCACAGAGCUACCUUACUAACACCACUGAUAAUGUUGGUUAUUCUGUAAUACACGGAAGUGUUGGUCAAGGCUAUGAUAUUGUUCUUGCUGUUAGACAGAAAGAUGAUUUGGGUAAACCUCUACCAACUUCAAGCUUCAAAGAAUCCAACAAUGUUGAACCAAAAGAAAAGAUAGUUCCUCUGGGGAAGACACUUUCAAUGGUUGAAGGUGUAGUGACAUAUGGGCCUUGGGGUGGUACUGGUGGAUAUGCAUUUGAUGAUGGACCCUACACAGGAAUUAGGCAAAUCAACUUAUCCCGCAGUGUAGGAAUUAUAUGGAUUAGAGUUUUGUAUGAUCUGGAUGGGGAGGCCAUAUGGGGAUACAAACAUGGUGGGGCAGGAGGAUUCAAACAUGAAAAGAUAGUCUUUGAUUUUCCAUAUGAAGUCCUGACACAUAUAUCUGGCUACUAUGGAUCUGUGAUGUACAUGGGGCCUACUGUUAUAAAGUCACUUACUUUCCACACCACCAAAAGGGUGUGUGGACCAUUUGGAGAUGAAAGUGGAACUUAUUUCACAACAAAGCUGAAAGAAGGGAAGGUUGUUGGCAUUCAUGGCAGUCAAGGUUUAUUUCUAGAUGCUCUUGGUGUACAUGUGAUGGAAGGAAAAGUAAUAGUGCCAGUGGCAAACCCUCCUUCCAUGAGAAUCAUCUCAAAAGAACCAAGUAUUUCUGAAAUAGAUAAUGCACAAUGGCCACCCAAACUAGUGCUUGCUAAAUCAGCACCAAUUGAAGAGGUUUCUUAUGGUGUGAUUAAAGAACCAGCUCCUUGUGGACCAGGUCCAUGGGGUGGGGAUGGAGGUAGACCUUGGGAUGAUGGAGUCUUUUCUGGGAUUAAGCAGAUUUAUUUGACAAGAGCACCAGAAGGCAUUUGCUCAAUUCAAAUUGAGUAUGAUCGAAAUAAGCAAUCUGUAUGGUCUGUAAAGCAUGGUGGUAAUGGAGGAAACACCAUGCAUAGGAUAAAAUUUGAGUACCCACAUGAGGUGCUAACUUGCAUAUCUGGUUAUCACGGUUCAAUUACUACAGAUGAAAGGCCUAUAAUCAUAAAAUCACUGACUUUGUACUCUAGUAGAGGAAAGUAUGGUCCUUUUGGUGAGGAAAUAGGGAAGUUUUUCACUUCAACCACAACAGAGGGCAAGGUGGUGGGUUUGCAUGGAAGGAGUAGCAUGUACUUGGAUGCAAUUGGGGUCCAUAUGCAACACUGGCUGGGAAGUCAGAAAACUUCAAGGUCAUCCUUCUUCAAAUUAUUUUGAUUUGUGGGGAACAAGAAAGUAUGAGCAGAGUAAUCGGAUGAUAACAAAAUUACUUGUAUACUAUCUAAGCAAUAAUUUGGUAGAUGUUCUGAACAACUGU